UCCAGGAAAGAAGUGCAAAGGAAAGAGAUGAGCCUCAAAGUUCGAAGCUUGCUCACAUUGCAGGGAAUUUGAAAGGAAAAAAGAAAAAGGAAGGGGGAAGGGAAUCCAGGGGCCCAAACCCUGCAAUUACGCGGGGGCAGCUGGAAACCUACAGUUGCAGCUAACUUCCUAGGGGCUGCUUCCUCCUUCCCCCGCCUUUUUGCAAAAAGAAAAGAAAGAAGAGCCCUUGUUUUAUUUCCCCACUCUUCCCCCCCCCCCCGCCAAUUUUUGACUCUGGUCUCUUUAUCUUCUACCCCCUCCGCAUUUCUUUAACCCCCCCCCCCCCCGGUCCUCAUGCCAGCCAUGAUAGAGAAGGGCCCGGAGGUCUCCGGGAAGCGCAGGGGGAGAAACAGCAACGCUAACAGCGCCGCUGCCUCCGCCGGUGCCAACAGCAGUAACAAUGGGAAUAAUAAAAGUUUGGCAGCGGCAGCAGCGCCCAAUGGGAAUAGCAGCAGUAACAACUCUUGGGAAGAAGGCAGUUCUGGAUCCUCCAGCGACGACGAGCAUGGAGGAGGAGGCAUGAGAGUGGGAACCCAAUAUCAAGCAGUUGUCCCUGACUUCGAUCCUGCUAAACAAGCAAAGAAAUCUCAGGAGAGAGAGAAUCUUGGUAUGCUGGUCUGGUCGCCCAACCAGAAUAUUUCUGAAGCAAAGCUGGACGAAUACAUUGCUAUAGCAAAAGAGAAGCAUGGCUACAAUAUGGAACAGGCCCUUGGGAUGCUCUUUUGGCACAAACAUAACAUUGAGAAGUCGCUGGCUGAUCUACCUAACUUCACCCCCUUCCCAGAUGAAUGGACGGUUGAAGACAAAGUCCUGUUUGAGCAGGCUUUCAGUUUUCAUGGGAAAACAUUCCACAGAAUUCAGCAGAUGCUGCCUGACAAAUCGAUAGCAAGCUUGGUGAAGUUCUACUACUCCUGGAAAAAGACAAGAAGCAAAACAAGUGUCAUGGAUCGUCAUGCUCGGAAACAGAAAAGAGAAAGAGAGGAAAGUGAGGAUGAAAUGGAAGAAGCAAAUGGAGCUAACCCUAUUGAUAUUGAAGUUGAACAAAACAAGGAGACCAAAAAAGAGAUUUCGACUUUGCAGGUGCCCCCAGCGGAAACAAUCCCUCAGGUAAAGAAGGAGAAGCACAGUACUCAGGCUGCGAAGAACAGAGCCAAGAGGAAACCUCCCAAGGGAAUGUUCCUUUCUCAAGAGGACGUGGAGGCCGUCUCCGCCAACGCAACAGCCGCCACCACUUUGCUGAGGCAACUGGAUAUGGAAUUGGUCUCCAUCAAGCGACAGAUUCAAAAUAUCAAGCAAACAAACAGUGCUCUGAAAGAGAAACUCGAUGGUGGUGUAGAACAAUUUAGGCUACCAGAGGUUACACUGAAAUUUAAUGCACGCUGGACCACAGACGAGCAGCUUCUUGCUGUUCAAGCCAUCAGGAAAUACGGACGUGACUUUCAAGCAAUCUCUGAUGUGAUUGGAAACAAAUCCGUGGUGCAAGUGAAAAACUUUUUUGUAAAUUACCGGCGGCGUUUUAACAUCGACGAAGUCCUACAGGAAUGGGAAGCAGAACAUGGCAAAGAGGAGACGAAUGGAACCAAUACACAGAAACCUGUAAAAUCCCCUGAUAAUAAUACCAUUAAAGUGUCUGAAGAAGAAGAAGAGGCUACUUCCGUUUUGGAUGUCAGAUAUGCAUCUGCUUCAUGAGAAACUCAGGUAGCCGGGAACAAUUUUAUGUUUUGACUACUGUGUUACCCACGAUAUCAGGUAUUAGCAAAACCUCAGACAGCCAUCUGCAUCAUAUCUCUGUGGACAAGCAGCUAUUACCAAAAAAAGAAAAAAGGGGGAGAGAGAAACAACAGAUCACAAACAAAAGGCAAACGCUUCUGCUCCUGUGCUAUAUUUGCCUUAAUUUUCUCCUCAGUCCUCCCUACCGCCGCCACUGACACUUCUGCAAUUCCUCGAACAAGUUCUCGGUUUUCAACGACGACCCAUUUUACUCAGCUACUCCUUGAACCAUCUACACACCGGUGUGUUAAACCACAAUCAGACAACCUUCCUUCUCUUUCUCCUGCUCUGAAGUUACCUCCUGACAGCAGGGGCAUUUCUAAAACUUACCUAAUAGGGUAUUAGUAUGUAUUUCUAUAUGGCCUUGUGUGAUUUUGGCUUUCUUUCUGAUGUAAUCAUUAUUCAUAAGGUGACUUUUUCUGUUCACGGGUGAGCUCUCUGAUAAGAAAAGUGUUGUGCAUACACCAGUUUCUCUGAAGUCAGGGGAAACGAUGGGGACAUAUUAUUUCAUGGCUGCAAACGGUAGGAGUACGGUUCUCUCCUCGUGGCUGUGUCCAACUCCUUUUUAGAAAGCUCGCCGAUUUUAAUUGUGAUUUUUAUGAUUAUUAUAAUUAUUGUAAUGGGCCUUUUUAUUUAGUGCAAAAGGGAUGCGCAGCCUGUAACCUGCUUUGAAAUAAUACACACACACAUACACGGCAUUUGGCGUACUUGCAUUAUCCAAACUCAAUACAGGUGAGUUUGUUUGACCAUCUAGGGAAUUAAGGCAGAGCAGCAGUUUUUUCUAUGUGGGAAUUCUUUUGCAUCUGGAAGGUAUUCUUCUCUUCUUAAAGUAAGGCCUCUUCCCUCUUUGGAAUGAAUGGAGGCUGCAAAUUGCUUGCCUGGAUGGGAGCUUAGCCAUGGCAUUGCAGCAGCAGAUGGCAAACUUAGAAAAGGGAGUUUCAGUCCUUAAAAUUUCAGUCCUUAAAUUUACACAGAGGAGAUUCCAGAGCCAUCUUCCUGCCCUGUAUUUUAUUCUCCUUGUUCCCACCCCUGAAGCUCUUUUUAAUAUUAUUCUUACACAGCCUUCCCCAACCUGGCACCCUCCAGAGGUGUUGGACUAUGGGUGUUGUAGUCCAACACCUCUGCAGGGCACUGGAUUGGGGAAGACUGUUGUAGCUGAAAAGUGAUAUUUCAUACUUUUGUUUAUUGUGUAUCAUAUUAGGGUAAAAACUUCAAAAAAAAGUUGAGCUCUUCUCUCUCAGCCCCAUUAAUUUAAAGUUCGCCUUCACCAACUAAAAUUGACCCACACCUAUUAACAUCUAUCAAAUUAAAGUGAAUCAAAUUUUGCAACCUUAAUUCAUGCUUAGUUUGGGAUACCAAACACCACCACAACUAUACCACAGGAGGAGGGGAGGAAUGUCCAGUCAUAACUCUGUUUCCUGAGGUAAUGUAAAUGGCUCUGUACCUUCCAUUUUAAUAAUUAUAUUUAUACACACACACAGAGUUGAAACACUACUGGUGGCUUAUCCCAUAUGAAUCUGCAUUAGUCUACUACAUCAACCUCUCCUGUGAACUUAAGUAGCUCUGAAGCUUUUUUAAAAAUAUUUUGGCUAAUUUCCACUAUGCAUGAGAAGCUGAAGCCAGGGGAAGAUGGUAGUCAGCUGGUAGACAUUUGUGGGUGGCCACUCCCAGUUACUAUACUAUAUAGCAAUAGCCCAAGCACCCGCCCAUUUUGACAUUAUUCAUUAGAGCAACAUCCCCCAACUUAGUGCCCUCCAGACAUUUGGAUUACAACUUUCAUCAACCCCAGCCAGCAUGGUGAUGGAUGGGAGCUGGAGUCCAACACAUCCAAAGUUUACCAGGUUGGGGAAAGCUAGCUUAGAGGCUCAUGAACAGCCCCUAAAGUCAAAGUUAUGUCUAGCCACAUGGAAAUACCUUUUAAACAGGAUUUGCUUCCAUCUUCAUAGCAAUUUCCUGAAUAUUACAUGUAGAAGUCAAGAGCCUGUUGUUUUAUCCAGGGUAAAAAGAACUAAAAAAAGAGAGGAAGUUAUAAUCCAAUAAUUACAUAGAAUCAUAGAAUAGCGGAGUUGGAAGGGGCCUACAAGGCCAUCGAGUCCAACCCCCUGCUCAAUGCAGGAAUCCACCCUAAAGCAGUACAAAGCAGUAAAGCAUACAAUAGCUUUCUCCAAUCUGGUCCCUUGCAGGUGGGUUGUAUUGCAGUUCCCAUCAUUCCCAUACUGGAUGGCCAUUGGGAGUUGCAAUCCAACCCAUCUGGAGGACAACAAGUUGGAGGAGGCUGAAAGACAACAAUGGAAACAAGCCAGCUAGUCUAAUACGAAACAGAGAAAUUAAAGCAUGCAAAUGAUAAAAUUAUUGUCCCCCUUCUUAAUUAACUCCUAAGUGACACCUUCUUGUGCCUGUGAUAUCUGAACCAGAUUACCAGCUCUGGGAACUGUUUUUCUUUUGUUUGUUUUUAAAUCCUAGCCUAUGUGUGUUAAAUCGACUCUGCUUCCUGCCAGGGAAAUUUAUAUAAUGAGUAGUUUCUUCCAAGUGCUGUGAUGUUUUAAUCGGCAUGUUUUAAUCAUGUGUUAAGGAUAUGGGUUUGGGAUGCCACUCGUCAUUUUGGGGAGGGGGAGGGUAAACUGAUGGGGUUUUUUAAACAAAAACAAAAUCCAGCCACAAUACUAGGCAGUGUGCAAUUUUAUGAAAUUAGAAAUAUUUCUAUGUAAAUGUUUUAUAUUAAAUUAGCAAAGGAUAUGAGAGCCAGAUGGAUAUGGCUUGAAUGAUCUGCCUCAAAGCCACGGAGAGCUAAAAUGUGUGAUCAUUGCUUUACGUGAUGUAUAUAUUACCGGACUGUACCAUAUUAGUCUGCAAAUGGGAGGGGUUUGAAUAUAUGAAUAUUGGAUAUUUGAAAGCUAUCCUCCAAUUUUGUUAAAAAUAUAUCUGAACGUAGAACAUACUGAUGUUAGGGAGGAGGCUACGGCUAAACCUUCUUCCUGACGUGCUAAGUUUGAAUAUGUAGAGAACAUUUCCAAGGGGUAACACUCUGUCACAGACGGCUCCUGUAGGUGGGAUUACACGUACAAUAUUUAAGAACAGCCAUUCCCAGUGUCGUACCCUCCAGAUGUUUUGGAUAACAGAGUCACAUCUGCUUUAGCAGAAUGUAGGGAUUGUAGUCCAUCACAUCAGGAGGGUGCCACAUUAGGGAGGUCUGACUUAGGCCAACCUUAGUUGGAAACUGAAAGUGUGAAACCUAUUGCAUUGAUAAUUUAUACUGAACAAUCAAGAGAGAAAUUUCUAAAUACUUCUAAAUUAUUUCAAACAAGCCAUGACCUAAGGUAAUAUUUAUUCUGAUGUGUAGAUUUCCUAAAGCAGAUUUAUAAUUAGCUUCUUUCCUCCUUCCUUAUUACUUUGAACUCCAUAAACAAGACUUAUUUCAUUUUCUUCUUUCUGAGAUACUUUUACUAACUUGCUUAACAUUCGAUUCCAUGUCAUGCUGGAAGGGAGUUUCUGGAACUUGAAUUCCUCACCUCUCCUUCCUCCAGCAGGUCCUAGAGCCCCCCACCCCACCCCCAAAUGCUACACAGGGGACCCUCAUAUACAGAAGGCACCAGGGACGGAGUUGAAGGGGAUCCCCAAAGAUUGAGUGGUAGUGCCUUCUGUGAGCUAGAAGGUCCGCUUGCUGGCAGAAUGACACCAUUGGAUGUAACCCCAAGAGUUUGCUAGGACAAAGCUGAAAAAGGCAGAAGUGAAUUAGGUGAACUGUUGCUAGAAUAUAGAUGAAUCGGGCCAUAUUUUUCAUUAUUAUAUGUGACAGUUCUAACAUUUGAUUCCCCACCUGCAGUCUGAAUUGGCACAAUUCAGCCGUAAGGUUACUGAUCAUGUGGUUUAGCUCUGAGUGCAAAUAUGUUAUGUUGCUCUUUUGGUAAAUCUACCAAACAAUAUGAUCAGAAAAAGAUGGGGUUUGGCUUGAUCCCCUGUGGAAAUCAGCACAGAAUCCCUCUAUGAGGAAGAUAAAUUAUGUAUAUUCUCUCACCUUCUCGUUGCUACCUUGUUGUAGACAUGAAUACAAUAGAAUAAUACUGAUUCCCCCCCCCAUUAAUUGAAUUAUGCCUGCAACUGUUUCAUUAUGAAAUAGAAUAAAUUAUUUAGCUUUUACUGUUUUUUGUUUUGUUGUUCAAGCGUUAUUUUAAGCGAGGCUCUGUGUUCUGAUUUAGAAGGGUCCAUAAGAUUACUACAUAAUAUGUAAUAAUUCACUUAAAUCUUGUUUUCCUUAAACUAUUAAUGUGAAUGUUAAAAUUAUAUAUAUAUAUAUAUUGUGGAAGAUGGAAAUUUUUAUUUCUUCCUAAGUAUAAGUUAUUGUGAUUAACUAUGGUAUCGCUAUGAAAAAAGUGGUACUUUUUUUAAAAAAAAAACAUUUAGUUUUAGAAAUCUUAACAAAUGUAUUGUAUAUGCACCAAACUUUUACAUUUGUUCUAUUUAAUUUUUAAAUAUAGUUGUGUAACAUGCUAGUAAAUUUUUCGUUCUCCUACCCCCCAACCCCACCCCCUGGCUGACACACACACACACACACUUUAUUCAUCAAAAUAUCUUGUUACUUGAAUAUUAUAUCUUAACAGGUCUGAAACACAGCAAAAAUCUGUAAUCCAGAGCCAAGGAAGGAAGUGAUGUAUGUAACAUAUAAAGUGUAUUGUUUAAACAGCUUCUGGCAACAUUGUACAGUCAUAUGCUCAGCAGUAGCUAAACUGGUAAUGCAGCUGUAAAGGCUGAUAUAUGUAAUUUCAGGAAUUUUAAAAACUGUUUAGUAAAGUCCCAUUCUUUUGCAUUUGAAUCCAUAUAUGAGCCCCUUUCACACCUUUGUUCCAUGUGUUUACUUAGGCCUUAGCUAGACCUAAGGAUUAUCCCAGGCAGGUCGUCCCUGCCUGCUCCCGGGAUCCCCUGUGUGUCAUUUGGAUGCACAGGGAUGAUCCCGGGACAAUCCCAGGAUAUAAGCCUUGUCUAGCCAUGGCCUUACUUGUGGAGGGAGAAGAGGGUUGCACCCACUGCCCCCAUCCCUCUGACCUUUGUGUGAUUGCUUCCCAUGUCACUCCAUCCAUUCAGUGGAAAGUGUGAUUGUGCUCUCCUCCUAUGUACAGGUAAGCAUCUGUGGGGGGUCUUCAGUGUGAUCAGGAACCCUGAACAAUCAGGUUCCUGAUCAUGUUGAACACCCCUAGACAUGGAAGGAAGAUAUGAAAGGGAUUAAGCUCUGUCUGCUGAUCAGUGUACUGUCUGCCCUGAUGCUCAACCCGUCCUGCGUGCCUCCUCGGAAGUCAGGUAGCACGCUGCUCCCACUGUCUGUAGUCCUAUCUGUUGUCCUUUCCCCUUCCAUUCUACAACCUCAAGUAGUUAAUGGCAAGAUGUACCAAAAAUGUCAAUCAGAAGGUGCUUGGUUCAAAUUCCAGCCGCCUCAAUUUGGAAAACACUGGUAGACGGCUUGCUUGGGGCAUGCGUGAUUCUUGUAGGGUGAAGGUUUACAUGUUUUCUUUCAGCAGCCAAUCCCAUGCAAGAAGUUUCUCCUUUUGAAACUAAACAGUUGUCAUGUGACGUUGGAGGAGUAGGGAUGAGCAAAAUUGUCCAUUUGGGUUCUGUUCGGUUUCUCUUUUUUCUGACCUUCAGUUUGGUCCCAUUUCCACAUCACUGUUUCGUUACCCUGACUUGUUUACUACAUAGUUAAGUGUAGUUAAGACUUCAUAAUUUAAAAAAACAAAGCAAAAACCACAUCAAAAAUUAGGAAAGUAGAAAAAAUCAUAAGAGACAGAAAUUUUUCUGAUUCUAUAUUUUUAAAGCAUUUAGCGUGGACUUGCAGCAAGGUUAAAAAUGAGUGUCACUAUUUUUAAUGAUAAACAAAAGUCACAAUUUUCUUAGUUUAGGUGGUUGAAAUCCAGUAACCUUGUGCAAUGCCCUAAGCCCCAAGUAUCCUUUCUGCUACUCCCUGGAAACAAUGCAGCUUCUUUUUUUUCUGGGCACAAUCCACCAUGCACUGGCACACUGAAUAGCCUCCAUUGAGUUCAAUGGAGCUUGUACAAGAAUCCCUUGGGUUGUAAGCAUCCCUGGAACAGGGAGCCGCUGUACAUCAGCAGUGCCUGUUGGAUUGAUGUCACUGUGGAUAGUAAAGCACAAUUACAGCGGAAGAUGCAGUUCUGAAGACAGAGGUCAGUAUAUGUCUAUGCAUGUUGUAUAUUAAUGAGUGUUUACAUUCAUAUUCUCCUCAAAUUUAAAUUUAUACUGGAGUGUAUAGUAUUCCACUAUGUAGAUUUUAUGAAUUUUGUUAAAUUCUCAUAGACCGCUUACAAGAUUUCCCUUCUCCAAAAUUUUAUGAUGUUUAAUGUUAAGUUUGCAAAUAUAAUACAAUUCUGUAUAGCCUUUGAAGUGAUAAGAAAAUAUGCAUUGGGGGAGGGUUUUGUUUUUUUUAAAGUGUGUAGUAAUAAUGCUGUUGUAAGUAAUAUUUUCCAUGUCUUCUCUCUCUCUUUCUCUCUCUCUCUCUCUCUUUUGGGCCUGUUCUCCCCCUCCCCGCCCUAUUAUUUAGCACACUUACUGUGAUGAAUGUGCAUAGAAUUAUAAAACUGCUUAGCCACUGAAAAGUAACAGUUUGGGGACUUUUCUCUCUCUUUGAAUUACCAAUUUACUGUAAGAGGAAUUGUAACAGGGAGGGGAGUUCACGAUUCAUUUCUGAAAAUCUAUACAGUUCAUUCUUCUAUGAUUUCCAAUGUUUGCUGACAUGAAAUUAAAAAAAAUCAAGCCAUUA